CCCUUUAAUACACUCCCCGAGGUUACCCCUUAAUACACCCCCCGAGGUUACAUGAGUUACAACAUCACUACAAGGACAAGGGAAACAGUGUACGAUGAGAAAGCGGCGGAUAUGGCCAUGGCUCAACUAGAAGCACUCGACUGCGGAACGUUACUCAGCAUGCUCGCACGCAUGCACAAACUCGUGGCUGAGAAGACUAGACACCACCUGCGGAGGUGUGGUGCUGCACUGCCCAUCUACGCAGCCGGCAAACAAAUCCCGUCGGAGGUUAUGGUCAAGGUGUUCGAUUGGCUGGACUACGACUCGGUUAGGGAGUACCGUUUGGUGAGCAGGUCGUUCUAUGCUGUGCUGUGUGACCAACGCCUGUGGACUGAAAUCCCCGAUGUGGCCUAUGGGACAGGCGGCCGAUUGGACAGGGCGACUGUGGACCUGUCCAAAACAAUCGAGGUGGCCAGGCACUAUCCACGCCUGCAGAAAUGGUACAUCCCCAGAGAGCUUGACUUCCAUGCAGCGUCCAGUGAUGUUCUGGAUGCAAAUGACCCAACUGUUGACCCGUAUGCCCCGCACCCGGUCCUUGGCGGUGGGGUUCGGGACAGUACCGGGGGACCUAGCGUCCUUGACCCGUCUCACGGUAGGUAG